GUUAGUUAACCGCGCUCAGCGUAACGAAACGGGUUGGAUUGUGCUAUACCGCAACAGGCUUUAAAGUGUGUUCGUAAGCGGCAGAAAACAGAAACUCAGACGGGUGUUUGAGGUAUACGGAAUUGAAGUGAAAUGAUUUAAGUUUUGCGCGAAAACUACAAUUAUCUGAAGAUCUCUUGCCGACAGCUGUGCUUAGUAUAAUCUCUAAUCGAUACAAUUAAAUUGAUUAGCAACUCGGGUAUUAAAGUAACUAAUUCCUAUUUCAAAAUGCAUAAAAUUAUGUGGAAUUUCCGCCAAGCGUUGACAAUUAUAUUGCUAUGCUUCAAUGUACUGACGUCAGCACAAAGUAAUGAUAAACCCAAUAUAGUAAUUAUAUUGGCUGACGAUUUGGGUGUGGACGAUGUCAGUUUCCGAGGUUCCAAUCAAUUUUUGACACCCAACAUCGAUGCUUUGGCUUAUAGUGGCGUUAUUCUGAAAAACCUCUACGCAGCGCCUAUGUGCACGCCUUCGCGAUCGGCGCUACUAACCGGAAAAUAUCCAAUACAUACAGGCAUGCAACACUAUGUCAUACCGAACUAUCAACCCUGGGGUCUACCGCUAAAUGAAACGACAAUAGCACAGGUCUUCAAAGAACACGGCUACUACACGAGCAUAAUUGGCAAAUGGCAUCAAGGUUUUUCACGUAAAGCGUAUACGCCCACAAAACGAGGUUUCGAUCAUCACUACGGCUACUUGGGUGCCUACAUUGAUUACUACAAUCAUACGCUGGAUUCUACGGCACAAAAUUUAUCAAAUGGUCACGAUUUCCGUGACAACUUGGCUGUGUCGCGCGAUUGUAUCGGCACUUAUGUCACAGAUCUACUCACCGAUGCGGCGACCGAACUGAUAAGCAAACACGAUGCCACCGAAAAGCCAUUGUUUUUGUUUCUGGCAGAGCUGGCACCACAUGCUGGGAAUGAUGACACACCAUUACAGGCGCCACCAGAGGAAGUUGAGAAAUUUGCAUACAUUAAAGAUGUGAACAGGCGAACGUAUGCGGCUAUGGUUUCGAAGCUUGAUCAAAGUGUGGGUUCCGUGAUAGAUGCGCUCGCAAAUAAAGGCAUACUCAACAAUACCAUUCUACUAUUUUUAUCCGACAACGGUGGACCCACGGCAGGAUUGUUUGCCACUACCGCCUCCAAUUAUCCAUUCAGAGGGCAAAAGAACUCACCCUGGGAGGGGGCCAUACGCUCGUCGGGCGUGAUUUGGUCACCGCUGCUCGAAAAUUUAGGCACCGUUUGGAAACAACAGAUUUACAUUGGUGAUCUGCUACCCACCUUAGCCGCGGCGGCCAACAUACAACUCGACACACAGCAAAUGAACCUCGACGGUUUGAAUUUAUGGUCUGCACUCAAAUAUGGUUACGAUGCCGUGGAACGUGAGAUUGUGCACAACAUCGAUGAUAUCUUCCAGUACGUCUCAUAUGGUAAAGGUAAAUGGAAAUUUAUCAAUGGCACCACAGAUGAUGGCAUCUACGAUGGCUGGCUCAGUGUGCGUCAGAACGACAACAACGCGGAGAUGGACCCGCGUGCUGCCAAUUAUGAGGAGUCCAUUAUGAACACCACCGUGUGGCAGCAUUUGUCCGCGAUAAAUGCGAAAACGGCGCUUGCGGGUUCCGUCAACAUAACGAAAUUGCGUCAAGAUGCGGCAAUUAAUUGUAUGCUUGGCAAUGUAACGCAGCGCACAGCAUGUGAACCGCUGGUCGGGCCCUGUCUCUUCGAUAUCGAUGUGGAUCCGUGUGAAUACAAUAAUUUAUACGAAUCGAUGAGUGAUGGCAAGGUGGUGCAGGAGCUGCUUAAACGUGUUGCAUACUUUCGUGAGACUGCGCAUCCGCCGAAUAAUAAACCCGAAGAUCUGAAAAGUGACCCCCGACUGUACGAUGGCGAGUGGACGUGGUGGGAAGAUAUACAAGAUGGUGUGGACGAUGAUCACAACACCGAUGGUGGUGAUAGUGCCAUGAAUUUACGACUGAAUGGCUUGCUGUUGACUCUGUCGUUCGGCACUCUGUUUGUUAUUAAUCUUUUAAAGUAGUCCUGUAAGCUGUAAGCGUUAACGAGACAUGUAUGUAUAUAAACUAUAAAUCAAUUAUUAUUAACAUAUGUAAAUAAAAUAUUGUUGCAUUAUUCAA